AUGGCCCACAAGCAGAUCUAUUACUCAGACAAAUACUUUGAUGAGAACUAUGAGUAUGUGAUGUUACCAAGGGAGCUCUCAAAGCAAGUACCAAAGACUCAUCUAAUAUCUGAAAAAGAAUGGAGAAGACUUGGUGUUCAGCAGAGCCUUGGCUGGGUCCUCUAUAUGAUUCACGAACCAAAACCGCACAUCCUCCUUUUUAGAAAACCACUUCCUAAAGGCCAGCAGAAAUGA